CCGGCGUCCGUGCCCUCUUCGCUGAACCGAGCUUUCUUCCUCGUCCUCACUUCCUCCUUCGAACCGCAGAAACCAUGCUUUCAGGGGACAUACCUCCUAAUCAGACUAUAUACGUUAAGAAUCUCAAUGAGAAGAUCAAGAAAGAAGAGUUAAAGAGAUCAUUGUAUUGCUUAUUCUCACAGUAUGGAAGGAUUUUGGAUGUUGUUGCUUUGAAAACGCCCAAGCUUCGAGGACAAGCAUGGGUUUGUUUCAGUGAAGUAACAGCUGCCAGUAAUGCAGUGCGACAAAUGCAGAACUUCCCAUUUUAUGACAAACCAAUGCGAAUUCAAUAUGCGAAAACAAAGUCAGAUUGUAUUGCUAAAGAGGAGGGAAGUUAUGUUCCGAGGGAAAAGAAGAAGAAACAAGAGGAAAAAGCUGAAAGAAAGCGUCGUGCUGAAGAAGUUCAGCAAUCUUCUGGGCCUAACGGUACACAUGGUGCAAGCAAUGGUGGCCCAACGGCUGCUUUCCGCCAAGGGCCAGGUGCUCAAGAAGCAGCUCCUCCGAACAAUAUUUUGUUCAUAGAGAAUUUGCCUCAUGAGACCACCAGCAGGAUGCUUGAAAUGCUCUUCCAACAAUACCCUGGUUUUAAAGAGGUGCGUCUGAUUGAGGCAAAGCCAGGUAUUGCUUUUGUAGACUUUGAAGAUGAGGUACAGUCCUCCAUGGCCAUGCAGGCUCUUCAAGGCUUCAAAAUCACUCCUCAGAAUCCCAUGGUCAUAAAUUUUGCUAAAAAGUAGAUGAUUUUUCAGCGGCUAUUUGUAUUUCUCCAUCCCUGUGUGGAAAGGAGCACUUUCAAGUACUUUUGGAUACUCUGUACUGAAUAUAGAUCAUUAAGAAAAUAGCUACAGAAGCUGUAAGUUACGGGAAUGUAAGAGAACUGCAGUUGGUGGAAUGUGUAAUUUGAGAAUUCGACAAAACGAGCAGGAAGAUUGAGAAUUUAGAUGGUGAUGGUGUAAUGUUUGUGCUCGUACGUGUACUCAAUUUUUUGUUUAAACAAUUUCAUGUUUGCUUUAUAGGUGAGGUUUCAACAGUUGAAUGUUUGAAACCCCAA